AAUAUAAAUAUACUUGUACUUCGUCCUCACGCCAUGUGUCUCUCUGCACUUGACCUUUAGAUCGUUCCAUUUCUUUUCAUGAUUUUGAAGUUAAAUUAUUUUUAUUCCAGGUACAAGAAAUAUGAAAAGAACAGACAAGAAGAAAAAUAAAUUUGUAAUCUGUUAGCAAAUAUUUAUUUUUAUUAUUAAUAGAAGUAUGUUAAAUUUGAUAAUUUAUUCUAAAGAGAAAACAAAUGACUUGUGAAAACGCGAUUCUUUUCGAGAGGUUACAAAGAGUCGUCCAGAGAGCUUACUCGGACGCCAAGUUUCCUCAGAUUACGACUCAUUACACAGUGGUGCCUAGAGAGACGGAUCCAAGAUGGAAAGAAAUAAACAUGGAGAGGUAUGUGGACGAGACCGACAUUCUCAUUGUUGGUGGUGGGCCGGCUGGACUAUCAGCAGCUAUUCAGGCUCGUAGACUGGCGGAGAAGCAUGGCAAGGAACUCAGGAUUACUCUAGUCGAAAAAGCAUCCACCAUUGGUGGACAUAUCCUCAGUGGAGCUUGUUUAGAUCUGGUAGCUUUGAAUGAAUUGUUUCCAAACUGGAAAGAGCUGGGUGCACCGCUAAAUACUCCUGUAACAGAGGACAAAUUUGCUUUUCUUACUGAGAAGAAGAGGAUAUCCAUACCUAUUUUUAAAGGAAUGCCAAUGUACAAUCAUGGGAAUUAUAUAGUAAGAUUAGGACACGUUGUGACGUGGCUUGGCGAGCAAGCAGAAGCCGCUGGUGUCGAAAUAUACUCCGGCUAUGCAGCGGCAGAAGUUCUAUAUCAUGAAGACGGAUCUGUCAAAGGGGUGGCCACGAACGACGUUGGCAUUGCCAAAGACGGCUCGCCCAAGGAUACGUUCGAACGGGGCAUGGAGCUUCAUGCGAAAUGCACCAUAUUCGCAGAAGGCUGUCAUGGUCAUUUGACGAAACAAGUAUCGAAGAAAUUCAAUCUCAGGAAGGAUUGUGAGCCGCAGUCCUAUGGCAUAGGGUUGAAAGAGAUUUGGGAGAUAGAGCCGGGCAAACACAGACCCGGAGCAGUCGAGCAUACAGUCGGCUGGCCACUCGACAGGAAUACAUAUGGUGGGUCGUUCCUGUAUCAUUUGAACGAAGAAACACCUUUGGUCGCUGUAGGCUUCGUGGUAGGCUUGGAUUAUAGCAAUCCCUAUCUGCAUCCGUUCAAAGAGUUCCAGAGAUUUAAGCAGCAUCCAAGUAUCAGACCAACGUUCGAAGGGGGAAAAAGGAUAGCUUAUGGCGCUAGAGCCUUGGUAGAAGGUGGCUUCCAGUCCAUCCCCAAACUCCAAUUCCCCGGCGGUUGUCUCAUCGGAUGCACGGCUGGUUUUCUGAAUGUGCCAAAGAUUAAAGGAACGCACAAUGCCAUGAAGAGCGGCAUGUUGGCCGCAGAAAGCGUCAUCGACGCGAUCGUCGACGCGGAAAGUAACACUUCGUCGACGGAGGGAUUGGAACCAAAGACGUACACGGAUAAAAUCAAGAGUAGUUGGGUCUAUAAGGAACUGAAAGCCGUGAGAAAUAUGCGACCAAGCUUCCACUCCUCUCUCGGCUUAUAUGGCGGUAUGAUGUACUCUGGUUUCUCCAUGUUAUUGGGCGGAAUAGAGCCGUGGACUUUCUCACAUGGAGGUCCUGAUCACACGAAAUUGAAGUCCGCAGCUGAGUCCACGCCCAUAGAGUAUCCUAAGCCCGACAACGAAGUAUCCUUCGAUCUUUUGUCGUCGGUGGCUCUCACUGGCACUAACCACGAAGCUGAUCAACCGGCCCAUCUAACUUUGAAGGAUGACACCGUUCCAGUGAAGAGAAAUCUGGCACACUUCGGCGGUCCAGAAGGAAGAUUUUGCCCCGCUGGUGUUUACGAAUUCGUGCCGUUAGAAAACGGCGACGGCGAAAGGUUACAGAUCAAUGCGCAGAAUUGCAUUCAUUGUAAGACUUGCGACAUCAAAGAUCCGAGCCAGAACAUCAAUUGGGUUGUGCCCGAGGGUGGCGGCGGGCCAGCCUACAACGGCAUGUAAAAUAGAUCAGUAAUCUGUUCGCUUCCAAGUGUUCGAUCGUGUAUUGUUCGACAAUGUACUUUCAAUAUCUUGAUUCGGCAUGAAUCUUAUAUACUUUACAGAGACGUAGGAUAUUUCAUGACAUCUUAAUCAUAUUUUCAAACGUGCGAAUCAUGUUUCAGGCACGUUCAACUAUAAUUCGCAACGAUUUGUAAUUUAGGUUUGUACCAUUAUGGUAUAUAUAUAAUUAUUUAAUAUAUAGCGUGAGAAUAGAGAAGUUAUUUCUAGUUGGGAUGGUUAAUACGAUUAUAAUAUUAACUCUGUUUGAGAGAGAAAGAAAGAGGAGGAGGAGAGAGAGAGAGAGAGAGAGAGAAGGGGGAGGGGGAGGGGAGACAGAAAAAAAUAUAGACGCGAUCGGUCUAUUUUUUUUUUCUAUCCAUUCUCGCGCGCACACGUCGAUUUUUAAACUGUAUAUAAAUAACUCUUUGUCCAUCAAGGCAGUUUGCAAGAUUUAUUGUUUGCCAGGGUAACAGUUAUUGAACUGUACACGUAUCGUCGAAUAGAUUGCGGAUAUCACACGGUACAUUAAAUUGAUGAAAGCUUUGAAAAUGUUGGUGCACCUUUUGUAUGAUAUAUUUUUUAAGUGAAAUGUUUUCUCAACGCGAGGAAGGUUUUGCACAAAUUGAUAUACACGUAUUAUUGUAAAUAUUAGGGGGACCGGAAAGUAAUGUCGCUUUCUUAAGUUAAAUUCACACGACUACAUUUUUAAC